UCAUCUCUGCUUUGAAACCCUACUCUAAUUAUAAUCAAAUCGAUUGCUCGAUUUCCUCAUCAUCGUUGCUCCUGAAAACCCUACCGCCCAAUCUGUGGUCACCAUGACGAAGUUUUCGUCUCUUGUUUCGAAUCAGAUUCGGUUCCUGCUUCAGAGCUUGAACGAAGUCAACUUCGACUCUAUCUUCCAGGAACUUUGUCAGUUCACUGAAUAUGGAACCGAUGGAAGCAUUUUACUCCUACAAACAUGCUUGGAUCACCUGAAUUUUGUCAGAAGUGAUCUAGAGGACAUGCCUCAGGUGCCUAUUCUUGCGGCAGUCACCAAGUACCUCUUGGACAAACCUAACUUCAGUACAGUGUUUUCUGAGUCACUAAAGACUAUGGAAAUCAGUGAAAGCUUCCUAGAAAAGUUUUCUAGUGGAUUGCAGUUGUCGUUAUUGGAGAAAAUAACCAUUGGUCUUGCUUUAUCUGAUUCUGACAAUGUUGACACUAGGCUUUGUGGGAAAAACUUUUGUGUGGCUCAGAUUGAGGAACUUUGUGCCAGUCCUACCUCUUUGAGUUGUUCUGAGCAAAUUCAAGAUGUUGUCAUGUUUCUUAAUCGAAGCGAGGGCCUUUCCAAGCAUGUGGAUUCCUUUAUGCAGAUGUUAUCACUAGUCCAGUUAAAAGAAACUCCACCUUUUGUUUUGACUCCAUUGCUACCUGAUGAGGUGCAUGACCCCAACUUCUUAAGGAAUAUGGAGCUGUUCCACAAGGGUGAAGAGAAUGACUUUGAUGCUAUUUUAGCUGACAUACAGAGGGAAAUGAACAUGGGAGAUAUUGUGAAGGAACUGGGAUAUGGGUGCACUGUUAGCACCUCACAGUGCAGGGAUAUUUUCUCACUUUUCUUACCUUUAACUGAGGAUACGCUUGCUAAAUUACUUGGUUCUAUUGCUCGGACUCAUUCUGGGAUGGAGGACAAUCAGAGUUCAUUCUUAAAUUUUAGCAUGGCCCUUGGUUAUAGCACUUUGUCUGAGUUGCCACCACUGAAUUCUUGGAAUAUUGAUGUGCUGAUAGAUACGAUCAAGCAUCUGGCACCUGGAAUUAAUUGGACAAGUAUAGUUGAGAAUCUUGAUCAUGAAGGAUUUUUUGUUCCCAGUGAAGAAGCUUUUUCCUUUCUCAUGUCUGUAUAUAAGCAUGCCUGUAAGGAGCCUUUUCCUCUUAAUGCCAUUUGUGGGUCUGUCUGGAAGAAUACUGAGGGCCAGCUAUCUUUCCUAAAAUUUGCUGUAUCAGCACCACCAGAAGUAUUUACCUUUGCCCACUCUGCCAGGCAGUUGGAGUAUGUUGAUGCAAUUCAUGGUCACAAGCUUCAAUCUGGACACGCAAAUCAUGCAUGGUUGUGUCUGGACUUGUUGGAUGUAUUAUGCCAGCUAGCUGAAAGGGGUCAUGCCAGUUCCGUUAGAUCAAUCCUUGAUUAUCCUCUCAAACACUGUCCUGAAAUCUUGCUUCUUGGGUUGGCACAUAUUAAUACUACGUACAACCUUCUCCAACAUGAAGUAUCUUUGAUUGUUUUCCCAAUGAUAUUAAAAAAUGCGGUUGGCAGUGGUAUGAUUCUGCAUCUUUGGCAUGUUAAUGCCAAUCUGGUCUUGCGGGGUAUCAUAGAUUCUCAAAACAAUGACACAGAGAGCACUGCAAGAAUUGUGGACAACUGCCAAGAGCUAAAGAUCCUACAGUCAAUAUUGGAGAUCAUCCCCGCUUUUUCUAGUAUAAGGUUGGCUGCUCUUGCCUCAAGAAAAGAAUUUCUUGAUCUUGAGAAGUGGUUGAUUAACAAUCUAACUGUUCACAAAGAUGUCUUCUUUGAGGAGUGCCUCAAGUUCUUGAAAGAUACCCAUUUUGGGGGAUCACAGAACUUGUCUAGCAAAUCUUUUCGUCAGUCUACUGUUCUGAAUCUGUAUGCCGAGGCGACACCUACUUUCUUGAAGGUUCUUAAAAGUCAUUCUGGCUUGAUUUCCUCUAGCCAACUUUCUGAGGAGCUGGAAAGGUUGCGUGCAUCUAUUAUGGACUCAAAUCCAAGGUUGCAAAGCAGUGGGGCUGCUGAUUCAUCUUCUGAUGGAUAUGCAGAGGACAUUGAGACAGAAGCAAACUCAUACUUCCAUCAGAUGUUUUCUAGUCAGUUAACCAUUGAUGCAAUGGUUCAGAUGCUUGCUCGAUUCAAAGAAUCUUCUGUGAAGAGGGAGCAAUCAAUUUUUGAGUGUAUGAUAGCUAAUUUGUUUGAGGAGUAUAGGUUUUUCCCAAAGUAUCCUGAGAGGCAACUCAAAAUUGCAGCCGUUCUCUUUGGUUCUUUGAUCAAGCAUCAGCUUGUAACUCAUCUCAGUCUUGGGAUUGCUCUUCGUUGUGUUCUUGAUGCAUUGCGCAAACCUGCUGAUUCAAAGAUGUUUCUAUUUGGAAGUUUGGCAUUGGAACAAUUUGUUGAUCGGCUGAUUGAGUGGCCGCAGUACUGCAAUCAUAUUCUUCAAAUCUCUCAUUUGCGCAGUACACAUGCAGAAAUAGUAGCUUUCAUUGAGCAGGCUCUUGCCAGAAUUUCAUCAGGUCAUGCAGACGCAGAGGGGAUCAACCAUCCUUCUGCUGUUAAUAAUCAUAAUUCUAUUCCAUCUACAUCGGGGCACAUGGAGCAGUUUAAUGGUUCUGGUGUGAUACAACCUGGACAGCAACUUGCAUUACAACCGCUUCAACAAAGACGUGAAAUUGCCUUAGAUGAUCGUCAUAAAGCCUCUGCUGUUUCAUCAAAUGAUGUUAAACCUCUGUUAUCCUCUGUUGGGCCAUCUUCAGCUGUUACAUCUGGUGAUACUUCUGGAACUAAUAAGAUACAUAGCACAGUCAGUACCCCAUCAAUGCUAUCAUCUUCUCCUGGUUUUGUCCGCCCUUCACGUGGAGCUACAUCUACAAGAUUUGGUUCUGCUUUGAACAUUGAAACGCUUGUUGCUGCAGCUGAGAAAAGAGAAACUCCCAUUGAGGCUCCAGGAUCAGAGGUUCAGGACAAAAUAUCAUUCAUAAUCAACAAUAUUUCUGUUGCUAAUAUUGAAGCCAAAGCAAAAGAAUUUACUGAAGUUUUGAAAGAGCAGUACUAUCCCUGGUUUGCCCAGUAUAUGGUUAUGAAAAGAGCAAGCAUCGAGCCCAAUUUCCAUGACUUAUACCUGAAAUUCUUGGACAAAAUUAAUUCAAAGCCUUUGAUUAGAGAAAUUGUCCAAGCAACUUAUGAGAAUUGCAAGGUUCUAUUAGGAUCAGAGCUUAUAAAGUCAAGUUCAGAAGAACGCUCUUUGCUGAAAAAUCUGGGUAGCUGGCUAGGAAAGCUAACAAUCGGAAGGAAUCAAGUUUUGAGGGCUCGUGAAAUAGACCCUAAGUCUUUGAUUAUAGAGGCUUAUGAGAAGGGACUGAUGAUUGCAGUAAUUCCAUUUACUUCAAAGAUCCUGGAGCCGUGCCAAAGCAGUCUUGCUUAUCAACCUCCUAAUCCUUGGACCAUGGGAAUUCUUGGAUUACUUGCUGAGAUAUAUUCAAUGCCCAACUUGAAAAUGAACCUCAAGUUUGACAUUGAGGUUUUAUUAAAAAAUCUUGGGGUAGAUAUGAAAGAUAUCACACCAACUUCUCUCCUGAAGGACCGUAAAAGAGAAGUUGAUGGAAAUCCUGAUUUCUCUAAUAAAGAUGUGGGGGCAUCCCAAGCGCAAAUAAUGACUGAUCUUAAAUCAGGCCUUGUGCCCCCAGUAAAUCAAGUUGAACUGCCGCUUGAGGUCACCAAUCCAUCUAAUACUGGGGCACAUACCCACUUACUGUCACAGUAUGCAGCGCCUCUUCAUCUAUCUACUGGGUCAUUAAUGGAAGAAGAGAAGGUAGCAGCUUUGGGCUUGUCUGAUCAACUUCCUGUUGCACAAGGACUCUCUUCAUCCUCAAUGCCUUUCUCUAUCAGCCAGGUUCCAACGGCAAUACCUAAUAUUGGGACUCAUGUUAUUAUCAAUCAGAAGCUUAGUGGUUUGGGUUUGCAAAUGCAUUUCCAGAGAGUGGUUCCAAUUGCAAUGGAUAGGGCUAUCAAAGAAAUCGUGCCUGGUAUUGUGCAGCGUAGCGUCUCGAUAGCAACACAAACAACAAAAGAGCUUGUUUUAAAGGACUAUGCCAUGGAAUCAGAUGAGACACGUAUAUUAAAUGCUGCACACCUGAUGGUUGCUAGUUUGGCUGGGAGUCUGGCUCAUGUCACGUGCAAGGAACCUUUACGUGCAUCAAUAUCAACUCAACUGAGGACUUCACUUCAGGGCUUAAAUAUUGCAAAUGAGAUUCUCGACCAAGCAGUACAACUUGUUACCAAUGAUAAUCUUGAUCUUGGUUGUGCUGUCAUUGAACAGGCUGCUACUGAGAAGGCAAUAAACACCAUUGAUGCGGAGAUAGGUCAGCAGCUUUCUUUGAGAAGGAAGCAUCGAGAGGGUAUGGGUCCAACGUUUUUUGAUGCAAACUUGUAUACACAAGGUUCUAUGGGUGGUGUGCCAGAGCCACUUCGUCCAAAACCCGGUCAGUUGUCAAUGCAACAGCAACGUGUUUAUGAGGACUUUGUUCGGCUUCCGUGGCAAAACCAGUCUAGUCAGAGCUCUCAUUCUAUGGGUGCUGGUGUUGGUGUUCAGUCAGGCAGUGCUGGGCUCACUGGAACCUAUGGUCCUGGGUCAGGACAGGUUAAUCCAGGUUACUCAGGGGGCCCUGGAAGCACAGGAUAUGAAGCAGUCUCUCGAUUGUCAGAGGAUGUUGCAGAGUCAAAUUUGGCUUCACACUUCAGUGCUCCUCCGGCAAUUCACCUCAGAGCAGCUGAUGGUGUUUCCCAGCAUAGUGUGGAGAGUGAUUCCGUUGCCGCCUCAUUUCCUUUAGCUGCAUCUACCCCCGAGUUGCAUGAUUCUUCUGAUGUUGUGAAAGAAUCUGGAGCCUCUUCACAGCCACAAGCUUCGUCAGUAGUGGAGCGCCUUGGAAGUAGUGUCUCUGAGCCUUCUCUCACAACAAGGGAUGCCCUUGAUAAAUACCAAGUUGUUGCACAAAAGUUGGAAGCUUUGAUUUGUAAUGAUUCUGGAGAAGCUGAAAUUCAGGGAGCCAUUUCUGAGGUUCCUGAAAUCAUUCUGAGAUGUGUUAGUCGAGAUGAGGCGGCCUUAGCUGUGGCUCAAAAGGUUUUUAAAGGUUUAUAUGAUAACGCUUCAAACAACAUUCACGUGGGUGCUCAUCUUGCAAUUCUGAUUGCGAUUCGUGAUGUUUGCAAGCUUGCUGUGAAGGAACUUACUAGUUGGGUAAUUUAUUCCGAAGAAGAAAGGAAAUUUAAUAAAGAUAUUACCAUUGGUCUCAUUCGUAGUGAAUUGCUAAACCUUGCUGAAUACAAUGUACAUAUGGCAAAACUGACAGAUGGGGGCAGGAACAAGGCUGCAAUGGAGUUUUCUAUUUCUCUUCUUCAAACGUUGGUCAUUGAGGAACCCAAAGUUAUCUCGGAAUUUCACAAUCUUGUUGAUGCUUUGGCAAAGCUUUCUACAAAACCUGGAUCGCCUGAAUCAUUACAGCAGCUGGUAGAGAUGAUCAAGAAUCCAGCUGCUAAUGCUGCUUCGUUAUCUGCCAUUGGUACUGGAAAAGAAGACAAGAAUAAACAGUCAAGAGAUAAAAAGAGUCCUGGUGCACUUGCUAGCAGGGAGGAAUUUAACAGUGUUGAAUCUGUUGAACCAGAUCCUGCUGGAUUCCGUGAGUUCCGUGAGCAGGUGUCCAUGUUGUUUGCAGACUGGUACAGGAUAUGUGACCUUCCUGGUGCAAAUGAUGCGGCUGCUACCCAUUUCAUCUUACAGUUGCAUCAGAAUGGUCUACUCAAGGGCGAUGAUAUAACUGAUCGUUUUUUCAGGGUUUUGAUGGAACUAGCUGUUGCACAUUGCCUCUCUUCUGAGGUGAUUAAUUCAGGGGCACUGCAAUCUCCUCAACAAAUGCACACAAUGUCAUUUCUUGCAAUUGAUAUUUUUGCUAAGCUUGUCUAUACAAUAUUAAAGGGAUCGAGCAAAAUCUUUCUUCUUUCCAAGAUUUUGGCAGUGACUGUCAGAUUCAUUCGAAAAGAUGCUGAGGAAAAGAAAGCAUCUUUCAAUCCUAGGCCAUUUUUCAGAUUGUUCAUUAAUUGGCUUCAUGACCUGGGCUCACUUGAGCCUGUUACUGAUGGUGCAAACCUUCAGAUCUUGACUGCUUUUGCCAACGCAUUUCAUGCUUUGCAGCCCAUCAACGUUCCUGGAUUCAGCUUUGUAUGGCUUGAGUUGAUAAGUCACAGGAGUUUCUUACCAAAGAUGUUGACUGGUAAUGGUCAGAAAGGUUGGCCUUACAUUCAAAGGUUGCUUGUAGAUUUGUUCCAAUUCAUGGAGCCUUUUUUGAGGCAUGCUGAACUUGGAGCACCGGUUCAUUUUCUCUAUAAAGGCACACUUAGGGUGCUCCUAGUGCUGCUUCAUGACUUCCCCGAGUUCUUGUGUGAUUACCAUUUUACCUUCUGUGAUGUUAUUCCUCCUAGCUGCAUACAAAUGCGAAAUAUUAUUCUAAGUGCUUUUCCUCGUAGUAUGAGGCUGCCAGAUCCAUCCACGCCUAACUUGAAGAUUGAUUUGCUUCAAGAAAUAACUUUAUCCCCUCGAAUCUUUUCGGAGGUUGAUGCAGCACUUAAGGCUAAGCAGAUGAAGGCUGAUGUAGAUGAAUAUUUGAAGACAAAGCAGCAGGGUUCUCAAUUUUUGUCCGAGCUAAAGCAGAAGGUGCUCCUCUCACCUAAUGAAGCUGUCUCUGCUGGGACCCGUUACAAUGUUCCAUUGAUAAACUCACUUGUGUUAUAUGUUGGAAUGCAGGCCAUCCAGCAAUUGCAGGGACGAACUCCACAUGCACAAUCAGCUGCGGGGGCAUUUCCUUUGUCUGUAUUUUCUGUCGGUGCUGCAUUGGAUAUUUUCAAGACUCUAAUUGUGGACUUGGACACUGAGGGGCGCUACCUUUUCCUGAAUGCUAUUGCAAAUCAACUACGUUACCCAAAUACUCAUACACACUACUUUUCAUUCAUCCUUCUGUAUUUGUUUGCUGAAUCAAACCAGGAAAUUAUUCAAGAACAAAUUACCAGAGUCUUGUUAGAACGCCUUAUUGUUAAUCGACCCCAUCCAUGGGGCCUGCUCAUCACUUUCAUUGAGCUGAUCAAGAACCCUAGAUAUAACUUCUGGAAUAGGUCCUUCAUAAGAUGUGCCCCAGAAAUCGAAAAGCUUUUUGAGUCAGUCUCAAGGUCUUGCGGUGGUCCGAAACCGGUAGAUGAUGGUAUUGUCUCAGGCUGGGUUUCUGACAGUUCACACUGAGUUUUUCGUUCUUACAGGUUUUCUUUCUCUUUUUGACCAACCAUAGGUUGUGUAAAUUUUUGUCUCUUAGGCUUUUGCUAUUUCAUAUUUUCCAUUUGCAUCCUUGCUAAUAUGUUAAACAAUGUCCUGAGUUUUCUUGUAAAUGUUAUCAACAGAAAUAUGGCCCAAAAAAAACAAAAGUCAUCUUCUGAUAGAUUUUUAUAACUGAUGAAUUUUAUGUAAAUAAGUGAACAUGCCUUCGAAGUUGAACCCAGUUAGCUUUAUUCUAUCUUG